UGGCAACACUGGCUUUUGGUUUUAACGGGUUUUAAGCUAUGUUCAGUUAUGUUUGAAAACAAUAAUGAUGAGGUGUAGUAAAAUUCUGCCGCAUUGAUUGGCAUUGAUGUGGAAAUAGUAUAAUAAACAUGCGUGUAAAUAUAUUUGAUGCUAGGCUAGCGUGGCAGUUAUUAAACGGAGUAUUUGCCGUAUACAAACCGCCUGGAGUACAUGUUAAAAAAGUUCGACAGACGUUGAUGGCACACUUAUGUAGAGAUCUAAACAGCAUGAAAGUACGACCACCUAUAAAUCAUGUGUAUAUAGAGGGUGAGACAAAUAAACCAAUGACAGUGUCGGUCGGACCAAGUUAUGCUGACCACAUACUUGUAGUUGGACCACGUUAUCAACAUGAAGACUUAAAAUUGACCAGUUCAAAUUAUCUUGGAUCAGAUGCUUCUGGCAUUUUAUUAUGUGGAGUUAAUUCAGGCAACCGUAUAGUUCACAAAAUCCGUGAAUCACGACCUACAAGUUUUUAUAAAAUUAAAGGUACUUUGGGUCAAGCGACGGACACUUUCUUUAUAACUGGAAAAAUUAUUGAAAAGUCUUCUUAUAAACAUGUUAAAAGAAUCAUGAUUGAUAGGAUUUGUGCAAGUAUGCAGUCAUCGCAUCAGAAGAAGAUGUUCGAAUUAUGUGGAGUAGAUAUGCAAAGUCAAGCUGCAUAUGAACUAGCUACGAAAGGUCCUAUCAGACCAGCUGAUAAUAAUAUUCCUAUGAUUUAUGCAAUCAAAUGCAUUGAUUUCAAUUCUCCAGAAUUUACCCUAGAAGUAGUAUCUAUAAAUGAAUCCCUGCAAUAUUUACAAAGCUUGAUCCACGAAAUAGGCAUAGAAUUGCAUACCACUGCAACGUGUACACAAGUUCAAUGCUUUAAAUAUGGACUGUUUGAUAUACAGCUUGCAUUGUUAAAAAAAUAUUGGAAUCUUGAAAACAUUUUAGAGAACAUGAAAUUGUGUAAAAACUUCAUUAAUAAGAAUAAGUUUAUAAUGCGUCAAGAGAAUCCUAGUUUGGUAAAACCAAAUCUUCAAGUAGAUGGGGUUGUACAAUACACAAAGCAAGUACCAAAACAAGUAGAUCAUAAAGUAGAAUAAAAAAAAUUUUAUUCACAGUAAGAUGGCCCAAUUGUAUAAUACAUUCAUGAUACUUGUAAAAUCAUAUCGUACUAACUUGUACUUUACAAUAAUAAUUAUAAAUUGAUUUAUA